AUGGCUUUGCUUCAGUACCAUGCCCCUGUCGACUAUGCGGCGCAAUUAGAUGCUUUUAAAGACUUCCUGAAGCACUUCAAAAGCUUCGAGUCGGCCUCAGCCUCCUCUGCUGCUGAAGCUAUUGAAGACUUGCACAUUGAUGGAGACCGCACAAGUGAUGAGUAUGACUUUAUGGACGAUGUGGGGGACGAAGAAGGGAGAGAGGGGGCCCGCCGCAGAAGCCGGGAACCAAAACUAAAGUACAUGCAAAUUUUGCAGGACGUGGCGGACCGAGAGCGGUCGAACAUCCUGAUUGAGCUAGAUGAUCUGGCUGCUUUCGAAAAAUCACUUCCGGAGGACACAGAUUUGAAACUCGUCGAGUCCAUAGUGAAUAAUACCAAGCGCUACGUCGAUGUUUUCUCCCAGGCUGCGGAUGAUGUUAUGCCUAGAGAGACCAGGGAGAUCACAUUCAAAGACGACGUCCUUGAUGUCAUCAUGUCGCAACGCGAAAAACGAAACGAGGCUAUGAACAUGGCUAUGGAAGCUGAUCAAGAUGCUGUGACAGCUCCUUCCAUAUUUCCUCCAGAAUUGACACGCCGAUACACCUUGAAUUUCAAGCCCAUUACUCCUUCGGGUUCGAGUAGAGAACGCGAGUCUAAAGCCUUUGCUGUUCGAAAUAUACGUGCAGAGUAUCUUGGUGGCUUGAUCACCGUUCGUGGUAUCACUACACGUGUCUCGGACGUCAAGCCAGCAGUCCAAAUCAAUGCCUACACUUGUGACCGCUGCGGAUCCGAGGUAUUUCAGCCGAUUACUACUAAGCAAUUUAUGCCUAUGACAGAGUGUCUAUCAGACGAGUGCAAGAAAAACAACUCUAAGGGACAGUUGUUCCUUUCCACUCGUGCUUCUAAGUUCGUUCCUUUCCAAGAAGUGAAGAUCCAAGAGAUGGCGGAGCAGGUCCCUGUUGGCCAUAUUCCGCGAACAAUGACCAUUCACUGCCAUGGAAGUCUUACACGACAAGUGAACCCUGGAGACGUUGUUGAUAUUGCUGGAAUCUUCCUCCCUACUCCUUAUACGGGUUUCAAGGCUAUUCGUGCUGGCUUACUGACUGAUACUUACAUGGAGGCUCAGCACAUCACACAGCACAAAAAGUCGUACAAUGAUAUAGCCAUGGACAGCCGAACACUUCGCAAGAUCGAACAGUACCAAAAGUCUGGGAACAUGUACGAGUACCUUGCACGGUCCAUCGCUCCUGAGAUAUAUGGCCACCUUGAUAUCAAAAAGGCGUUGCUUUUACUCCUCAUUGGAGGUGUGACGAAGGAGAUGGGUGAUGGCAUGCACAUUCGUGGAGAUCUCAAUAUUUGCUUGAUGGGUGACCCUGGUGUUGCGAAAUCCCAGCUUAUGAAGUAUAUCGCCAAGGUUGCUCCUCGUGGGGUGUACACGACUGGUCGAGGAAGUAGUGGAGUAGGUCUCACGGCGGCCGUGAUGAGAGACCCUGUGACAGAUGAAAUGGUGUUGGAAGGAGGAGCCCUGGUCCUGGCAGACAACGGCAUCUGCUGCAUUGAUGAAUUCGACAAGAUGGAUGAUGCCGACAGGACUGCCAUCCACGAAGUGAUGGAGCAGCAGACUAUCUCCAUAUCCAAGGCAGGAAUUACCACCACGCUCAAUGCUCGGACGUCUAUCCUGGCAGCGGCCAACCCACUUUAUGGACGGUACAAUCCGCGAAUUUCCCCAGUGGAGAACAUCAACCUUCCUGCUGCGCUGCUUUCGCGUUUCGAUAUCAUGUUCCUAAUCCUCGACACGCCUUCGCCCGAAGGUGACGAAGAAUUGGCGCAUCAUGUCACCUAUGUCCAUAUGCACAACAAACACCCUGAGUCCGAGGAUGCCGGAAUCAUGUUCACGCCCAAUGAGGUCCGCCAGUACAUUGCCAAGGCACGCACCUACCGACCAGUUGUGCCGUCGUCGAUUUCGGAUUACAUGGUCGGUGCGUAUGUGAGAAUGAGAAAGGAUCAGAAGAUCGACGAGGCCAACAAGAAGCAAUUCUCUCACGUCACACCCCGUACUUUGCUCGGAAUUGUUCGUCUAUCACAAGCGCUUGCGCGUCUUCGAUUCAGUAAUGUCGUGGUCACCGAAGAUGUCGAUGAGGCCCUGCGCCUAGUUGAGGUCAGCAAGUCGUCCCUGUCCAACGAUGGCCAUGGAGGCACAGAUCAGAGCCCUACUAGCAAGAUCUAUAAUCUGAUCCGGCACAUGCGGGAGAGUGGUGCCGCAGCUGUUGGAGACGGAGUCGAGGGCGCACUUAGUAUGAGGAGGAUCAGGGAAAGAGUGCUGGCGAAGGGCUUCACUGAGGAUCAGCUGACCAUGGCUAUUGGUGAAUACGAGAGCAUGCACGUCUGGCAAAUUGCUGGUGAUGGCACACGUCUGGUAUUCCUUGAUAUUGACGGAGAAAUGGCUAUGUGA